UCUGGCUGGAUUUGAUCAGCAGCUUUGUGGAGAAGCCAGCCUGUCCUUGCCUGCCCGUGCAGGCAUCCCUUUUGCUUGCGGAGGGGACAGUGCCUGGCUCUGGUGUCACUGACUCAGCUGGGACCUUCCCAGCACAGAUGCAGCGUCUGAUGCUGGCGUGGGGACAGAUCUGCUCCUGUUCCGUGUGCUGGAGAUCCCCCCGGCCAUGGCUCUGAUGGCUCCAGCCUGCAGGAGGAGGGAUGAGGGGACAUGGAGUGGCCUUGUGCCUCCAGAGCCGAGCCGUCCUGGUGCCUUAUCGCCCGGGGCAGGCGGUGGGGUGGCACGUGUCCUUGGGUGAUUAUCUGCAUCCAGGAGGAGCUGACUUUGCUCCCCAGCAGCAGGGCAGGACCUGGCCGAGCAGCUGCAUCCAUCUGGUCCUAGAGAAGCUCACUGCUCCCCUCCUCUCUUCCCAGUUCGGCUGGGCGGCCACGCAGAUCUCCCACCUCUCUCUCAUCCCUGAGCUGGUGACCAGUGACCAUGAGAAGGUGGAACUCACAGCUUUCAGGUAUGCCUUCACCGUCAUGGCCAACAUCACUGUGUACGGCCUGGCCUGGCUGCUGCUGAACCUGCAGGUGGAUCAGCCUGAGCGCACAGAGCACCUGGGCAUCCAGGAUGUCUCUGUGUUUCGGAACCUGUCCCUCAUCGUGGUGGGGCUGGGGGCCGUGUUCUCCCUCAUCUUCCACCUGGGCACCAAAGAGAAGCUGCACCCGCUGGGCUCUGUGUCGCAGCCCCAGGAGAGCACACCCCUGCUGCAGAAGGAGCCCACGAGGUCCCCACGCUCACUGCUGGUCUGGAAGGACUGGCUGCUGGAGCCCUCCUUCUACCAGGUGGCAGUGCUCUACAUGGCCACUCGGCUCAUCGUCAACCUGUCCCAGACUUACAUUGCCAUGUACCUGACCAACUCACUGCUGCUGCCCAAGAAAUAUAUUGCCACCAUCCCUCUGGUGAUGUACAUCAGUGGCUUCCUCUCCUCCUUCCUCAUGAAGCCUGUGAAUAAGUGGAUAGGUCGAAAUCUGACGUACUUUGUGGGCAUCCUGGUGAUCCUGGCCUUCGCCUCCUGGGUGUCCCUGAGCAGGGAGAUGGGAGCAGAGAUCUACGGGGUGGCCGUGCUGCUCGGGGCUGGCUCCGCUACCAUCCUGGUCACGUCCCUCUCCAUGACUGCUGACCUCAUUGGGACCAACACGCACAGCAGUGCGUUUGUCUACGGGGCCAUGAGCUUCACGGACAAGAUGGCCAAUGGCCUGGCUGUGAUGCUGAUCCAGAACCUGCACCCGUGCCCGACUGAGCUCUGCUGCCCUGCCUGCGUCAGCUUCUAUCACUGGGUGAUGGUGGUGGUCACUGGGGGCAUUGCCAUGGCUGCCACCGUAUUUCUGUGCUGCAUCAUGAUCUGGCCCAUCCGUGUCCGCUUCCACGACAUUGCCCUGCAAGGACUGAACGAAGCAGGGAUGCAAUACGAUGACACAGAGUGCGCAGAGGACAGGAGCCUGAGCAGCACGGUCAACUGAGCGGCGCCUUCAGCCACAGCGCUGCCCACACUGCUGAGCCUCACCUGGAGGGACCCCACGGAGGGGACGGCAGCGGGACGGGGCCUCGGCGAGCUCUGCCUCCUCUCAGGACUCGACCCGCCGUGCUGUGGGGACGCGAUGAAGGCUGUCCCUGUGUGUUUGCACAAGUGUAACACUAAGAGGGCCGGGCUGCAGGCGCGCUGCCGGACGGGGCGCCCGGCCCUCGGCUCUAACUCGCUUUGUAAGGUCAGUGUGUACACGUAGCACUUUUUUUAAAGAAAAAAAGAAGGAACAAACACAGCUCACCUCUGAACUUGAAUAAAUGCCAGUGUUGGCAAAGCCCUGA